AUGUCUGAUAGGAGUUCAACUUAUGUGCAGUUGUUUGGAAUUGGGUUUAAUCCUCUCUGCCAUUCUUUUCAGUUGCAACUCUUAAGAAUUCAAAGAUGGAUGAAUACAUUCCUCCCUCGACUAAAAUUCCGUCCCAAAGCGAUAAGGAAUAUCAUGUGUUUCUGAGUUUCAGGGGAAAAGAUGUGAGAAAUACUCUGGUUGAUCGUCUCUUUGAAGCUCUUACUGCCGCAGGACUGCAAGUCUUUCUAGACAGCCACAAAUUGAAGAAGGGAGAAAUAAUUGGGUUGAGCUUGGAGAGAGCAAUCGAGAGCAGCGCCAUACGCAUUCCCAUAUUUUCUAGAGGCUAUGCAGAGUCUACAUGGUGUCUCAAGGAGGCCGCUACAAUGGUGAAGACAGAGGGGUUGAUCAUUCCUCUGUUUUAUGAUGUGCUUCCAACUGAAGUCAGAUAUCCUCAAGGGAACUCCAGUCCCUACAAGCAAGCAUUUCAAAAACAUUAUGCCCAUUCAGAUCAGAUCCGAAGACAAGAUAUUGAGUGGUGGAAGUAUGUUCUUCAACAGAUCUGUCCAUGUCUAAAACUUUAUGGGCAUUCAGUUCGAUACGCAAGAGAAGAGAUCGACGGCUGGAAGGAUGCCCUGGAAAAUAUCUGUUGUCGCUCAGGGUGGUCCAUGAAUUCAACUGUAAGCAUGGAAGCCCAGCGUGUAAAGACGGUGGUCAAUGACGUGAUUAAGACAUUCGACAGAGUGCCGUUGGAAGUUGCCAAGCACCGAGUGGGACUGGAUAGCGUGACCGAGGAUCUUAUUCACAAAUUUAUACUCAAUUCAGAGGGAGAUGUGGGUAAAGCUGGGUUAUGGGGUAUUGGUGGUAUUGGCAAGACUACACUUGCCAAGGCCCUCUACAACCAAGUUUAUACUCAGUUUGAUGCUGCUUCCUUUGUGUUUAACAUCCGUACCACUGCUGCAGACUCCAUGGGCCUGACAAAAUUGCAGAAAAAAAUUCUUAAAGACUUAUGCAUGUAUGUUGGAGAAGUGUAUAGUGUUGAUGAGGGCAAAUCUUUGUUCAGAGAUCGUUUGAAAGGAAAACGAGUGCUUCUCAUUUUAGAUGAUGUGGAUGCUAUGGAACAAUCAAAUGCUUUGGUUGGGGAGUGGCUAGCCCCUGGUAGCAGAGUUGUUAUUACUUCUAGAAACAAGCACAUUCUCCAUGUUGCAGGGAUCUCACCUGAAUAUAUUCACGAGAUGAGUGGGCUGCAGAUAAAUGAAGGUCUUCAGUUAUUUAGUUGGCACGCUUUUCUCAGAGCAUCUCCGAAUGCCACUCACGAGGAUAUGUCCAAAAAAAUGGUGGAAGCUUGUAAGGGCCAUCCUCUUUCACUAGAAGUGAUGGGAGCCUUUCUGUAUGAUAAGCAGAAUGACCCUGGUUGUUGGAUGGAAGCCCUUCACAACAUUGCUCUCCACCCAGACAUUCACAAAACACUCUACAUUAGUUAUAGUGCUCUUAGUGAAGAGGAAAAGGAAAUUUUUCUGGACAUCGCUUGCUUCUUCAUCGGAGAACACAAAAAAUGUCCUAUUGUUUUCUGGAAAUCUUUGUACAGGAUGGUACACACAGCUAUAUCUAAUCUUUCUCUGAAGUUACUAAUAAAGAUUGACGAUGAAGGUGUGUUUGAUAUGCAUGACCAUUUGCGAGAUAUGGGACGAACCAUUGCUGAAAAAGAAAAACGGGGUACCCGACUAUGGGAGGCAGCCCAUUUAAGCAACAUACCCAAUAACAUCAAUUGCUCUCGCCUUCGAUUCAAUGGAGGUAAUUUGCAAAUGCUUGAAACGUUGUACAAACCUGGUCUUCAAUUUCUUCACUUGAAAAAUCAAUUCAUUGGAGGCAUCACAGAAGACAUGCUAGCCGUGCAAGCUGUGCUUCCUUCAAGUUUGAUAUGGUUAAGGUUGGAAAAAUGUAGCUUUGCAAUACAUGGGCCAUUUCACUUCAGUCUUGUGGGAAACCUUUUGCAAUUGAGGAUAAUGCAAGUGGAUGGCGAUAUUUCCAACUUCUUCCAAUAUUCACUUUCUAAUAUUCUUGGCAACCUGCCACAGCUGCAGCAUUUAGACUUGAGAGAGUGUACAAAAUUAACCUUCCUUCCUGGUAUCAUUGGCAACCUAUCACAGCUGCAGCAUUUAGGUUUGAGUGGGUGUAAAAAUUUAAAUAACCUCCCUCAUACCAUUGGCAACCUAUCACAGCUGCAGCAUAUAGAUUUGGAUAGGUGCGAAAAUUUAAACAACCUCCCUGAUACCAUUGGCAACCUAUCACAGCUGCAACAUUUAAACUUGUUCCAUUGUGAAUAUUUAAAGAACCUUCCUGACACCAUUGGCAACCUAUCACAGCUGCAGCAUUUAAACUUGAGCAUGUGUACAGAUUUAAAUAACCUCCCUGAUACCAUUGGCAACCUAUCACAACUGCAGCAUUUUGAGCUGAAAAACUGUGAAAAUUUAAAUCGCCUACCUGAUACCAUUGGCAAUCUAUCACAGCUGAAGUAUUUAGAGUUGAAUUGGUGUACAAAAUUAAAUAACCUCCCUGAUACUAUUGGCAACCUAUCACAGCUGCAGCAUUUAACCUUGAAUUGGUGUACAAAAUUAAAUAACCUCCCUGAUACUAUUGGCAACCUAUCACAGCUGCAGCAUUUAGACUUGAGUGUGUGCAAAACAUUAAAUAACCUUCCUAAUAGCAUUGGCAACCUAUCACAACUGCAGCAUUUAGACUUGAGUGGGUGUAAAAAAUUGAAUAACCUCCCUGGUACUAUCGGCAACCUAUCAGAACUGCAGCACUUGAAGUUGAGCAUGUGUGAAAAUUUAAAUAACCUCCUUGAUACCAUUGGCGACCUAUCACAGCUACAACUUUUAGACUUGAGAAACUGUGAGAAUUUAAAUGACCUCCCUGAUGCUAUUGGCAACCUAUCACAGCUGCGACAUUUAGAGUUGAGAAACUGUGAAGAUUUAAUUAACCUCCCUGACACCAUUGGUAGCCUAUCACGGCUGCAGCAUUUAGAGUUGAGUUGGUGCAUAAAAUUAAAUAACCUCCCCGAUACCAUCAGCAAUCUAUCACAGCUGCAAUAUUUAGGCCUGAGUGGGUGUAAGGAAUUAAAUAACCUCCCUGAUACCAUUAGCAACCUAUCACAACUGCAGCAUUUAGAAUUGAGUGGGUGUACAAAACUAAAUAGCCUCCCUAAUGCCAUUGGCAACCUAUCAGAGCUGCAACAUUUAGAGUUGAGCAUGUGUGAAAAUUUGAAUAACCUCCCUGACACCAUUGGCAACCUAUCACAGCUGCAGCAUUUAGAGUUGAAAUACUGUGAAAAUUUAAAUAACCUCCCUGAUACCAUAGGCCACCUAUCACAGUUGCAACAAUUAGAGUUGAGAAAAUGUGGAAAAUUAAGUAACCUCCCUGAUACCAUUGGAAAUCUAUUGCAGUUGCAACAUUUAGAUUUGAGUUCAUGUACAAAAUUAAAUAACCUUCCAGAUACCAUUGGCAACCUAUCACAGCUACAGCGUUUAGACUUGAAUUGGUGUACAAAAUUGAAUAACCUCCCUAAUACCAUUGGCCAACUAUCACAGCUGAAACAUUUAGACUUAACAGGGUGUACAAAUUUAAAUAACCUCCCUGAUACCAUUGGCAAUCUAUCACAACUGCAACAUUUACACUUGUUUUAUUGUAAAGAUUUAAAUAACCUUCCUAAUACCAUUGGCAACCUAUCACAGCUGCAACAUCUAGGUUUGACUGGGUGUAAAAAUUUAAAUAACCUCCCUGAUACCAUUGGCAACCUAUCACAGUUGCAAAUCAAGAAUGUUGCCAUCAACACGUCCGAAUAGAGGGAAAAAGUCUUAUUCUUCCUGGCAGUGGUGGGAAAGAGAGAUUGAAGGUGAGAGAUGGGCUCACGUUUGGAAGUUUGGAGAUUAAAUUUCAUCACUUUUAUGAUGAUCAAUCAUGACAAGAUCGUUGACAGCAUGAAAUAGUUUAUGCAGAAUCUUGAGGCGGUAUUUUUACAAAGAUGGUAUUGGAUUGCAGACCUUAGUAGAUAUUUUGAUAUGAAAAGGGUGGGAUUCUUUGUCAUUUUGUUGGCCGACUUUUCUGCCAAGAUUGGUACUCAAACAAGGAUUUGUUUUUGAGCCCUUUCAUUUGGAAUUUUGGAUAGUCCAAAUUUUCAUUGAAGUGCGAGAGCAUGAGGUAUUUCUGAAGUGUGUGCUAAAUUUGAGGGCUUGCUAGAUAACUACUUGUUCAUAAAUGAGUUUUUAAACAUAUGGGUUUUAGUUUCAUGGUCUAGAUUGCUACUAAUACUAAAUACCCAGUCAAUGAUUAAGAAAACAGAGAGCAUAAUAAACCCAAUUAGAGUGAAGACUGAGUUGCAUGAAGAUACAGAGCUGUCGGGGCCCUUCAUUAUUUGUAUGGCUAUGGCCAAUCUUGAUAUCGAGACAGUUUUUGUAGAUCAUACAUGUGCACCUCCUAAUGGAGCUCAAGCAUCAACUCCUUCAAAUGAGCCUCUUGUGGAGGUAUGCCCAAAAGGAGCAACCUUUCCUAUUGCUCCUCAUAAAGUGAAUUAACUGCCAUUUCAACCCACAGAUGAUCCUCCUACUUGUCUGGGGUUGAUGGCAUGUCCAAAUCCUUCUCCUCCACAUCCUGCAUCUCUAAUGCCACCUCCAAAUUGAGCUGCUUUACUAAAGCGACUUAGAACCCUGCCUUCAAAUGGUCCUGCAGUUGACUAUCAGUCUGCUGAUUCUGAGCAUCUUAUGAGGUGAACUAUCCGGGCUCUCAUUCCAUGUACUCACAAGAUGAUCUUCCCAAAACGGUGGCAAAAACUCUUAAUCAGGGUUCAAAUGUCACGAAAUAGUAUAGAUGGCAAUCAAAGAGUAGGUAUUAAGCCAAGACUUUUAGAGAAAUCUACAGACAAGAACAAGAAUUGGAAAUUGACUGAGAUCACUGAUUAAAUCCAGUGUUGCAAGACUGAUAUACACCAAUUCUGGUAUUGCUGUUUUAGCAUUUGCAUCAAAUGCACUCCACAAACUGUGGAAAUGGCUACAGAAUGAGAGAAAUCCAUCUAAAAAAUCCACCACCAACAUUCUACAACAGAUGUGGCAGCCAGCUGGUGGGAUUGUUAUGACUAAUGAUAUCAGUGGCACGAAUCCAGAAUAAGCUGUUGCUUGCAUAGCACUUUCUAAGAAUGAUUCCUAGGUGAUGUAAUGUCUGUGUCUAGUGGAAAGGUCUCCUUAUUCAAUAUGAUGACAUUCAAGGAUAAUAACAUCAUUGCAAUUGGAAUGGAAGAUUCAACAAUCCAGAUAUACAAUGUUCGAAUUGAUGAGGUAAAAUAAAAGCUAAAGGGCCACCAGAAGAAAAUUGCAGGCUUGGCAUUUUCACAUACUUUGAAUAUGUUGACAUCCUCAAGGGCUGAUGCCCAGCUAUGACUGGAGCAUAGAUGGACGGAAGAAAUAAAAAUAAAAAUUUAUGCAAUUACAGCCAGGAAUAUCAUCGCCACCUGUUGGGGAAUACAAGAGUACAGUUCUAUAAUGAUCAAGCUCACUUGUUGGUUGUUCAUGAGAGCCAGCUUGCUAUAUAUGAAGCUUUUAAGUUGGACCAUUUGCGCUGUUGGAAACCUCGUGAUUCUCUAGCUGCUCCCAUUUUAAAUGCGGUAUAUUCAUGUGACAGCCUCCUAGUACUGGCAAGCUUCUGUGAUGGUGGAGGAGUAUUUGAUGCAGAGAGCUUGAGGCCACGCUGUCCUAUUGCACCUUCUGCAUAUUUAGCAUCAGGCAUGAACAGUGUCUAUCCUCUAGUAAUUGCAUCACAUCCAUCUGAACCAGAUCAGUUUGCUCUUGGAAUGACCGAUGUAUGAGUUCAUGUCAUUGAACCUUCAGAAUCCAAAGGAAAAUGGUGUCUGGGGCCUCCUCUGGAUGAUGGCACUGUUGCAUCGAAUCCAACAUUAAGCAAUCAUAGUUCAGAACCAGCUCCAAGAUAAUUCCCUAUUUCUGCAGGCAUCUAAUAAUUAAUGACAUGCUGAAUGUCAGCUUCUACACCUUUCAAAAGGAGAUAUUCAUGGAUAACAUUCGCAUCUGCCUUGUUUUCGUAGAAGAUGAGAACAGGGGAUGAAGGCUUCGGCACACAUUCCAAUAGUUAAACAAUCUUCGCCUCUUGUUUGACAUAAUCCGCGUCCUGUAUAACAUUCAAGUUUUCUGGCACCAGCUCUACCAACAUUCACAGUUACAGGCUUGACCAGAGCGCUUCUUGCAAAAUGUUGAACCUUUUUGGCAUAGUUGCAGAAAAGGGCAAGGUUUAAGGUUAGGCUUUAAAAUGAUUAAAAAACCUCUCAAAUUUUAUCCGCAAAUCCGAGAUCGUCCAGCUUAUCUGCCUCAUCUAGAGUUAGGUACUUGCAGCAGGGAUGAAUCCUAAUAAUUCAGUCUGUGUUCAUUAUGAAGCUAUGUUUCUCAAAAUUCAUCACUGCUAUUCAAAAAGGGAUACUGUACCAUUUUCUAAAAUUCAUAUCAUCAAGUUCAAAAACUACAAGCAAAAUCUAUUCAACUGUUGCAGCAGCCCACAAAAACCUCUUGAACUAACAACAUGACACAAAAUAAGAGACGAUUUUACAACGUCUAUUACAAUUUUUACACCUCGUUGUCUUUUUUUAACUAUUUUUUAACAUUUGUCAAGACAAAUAACAGCUGUCUAGAGAUGGCAGAUAUAAAUCAAUUAAAAACAAAAUUGUAAAUUUGGCGGGCAAAACUUUAGAGGUGAUGGGAGAGGGAACUUAUAUGAUCUAAAAAUAUAUAAUAUUAUAUUAUUAUUUAUUAUUUAUUA